AUGAAUCCUUUAAAAAAAGAAUCUGAAAUCAUUUAUGGUAAAUACUGUGCCAUUACAACUAGAUCUCUGAAUUUGAAUCUCAAAUCCUUACACACAAUUAUGAGUCUAAAAAACAAUACGUUGAUUCAACUAAUAGAAGACUUCGCUAAACCAUUAGAAAUCUCCAAUUUGCUGAAAUUUCUGCUAAAUUCGAGAGGAGGGUUUCGUUAUGAUGUCUGCAUUCCAAACAAUUGCAAUGAAAACGAUUUGAAAAACAUUUUAGAUUGGUUAUUAGGUGAGGAAGUCGCAGAUAUAGUAUAUUGCAGAGAUAAAAACAAAAAAACAGAAUAUUCCACUGCGCAGAUAAUAUGCAUUUGUCUUGGUUUAUUUUUUGAAGUUGGCAGUAUAGAUAAAUACCUUGCGGUCCCCGAAAUAAUGGCUGAACUUCCUUUGGAAAUAGCAGCUCGUGGAAUAAUAAUGAUUGAAACGUUUUUCUUCAUCAGUGGAUACCUUAUGUCUUAUCGGCGAAGAAAAAAUGCGAAAACGGGUAUCUAUUUUGUUCUACUGUUAUUGAAAAGAAUUAUCAGAUUAACACUACCGGCGUUAUGUAUUUUAGCCAUUACGAUCGUUCUACCACAUUUUGGAGAUGGUCCUCGUUGGGAUGAAAUAUUACGUAAAGCCCGAUACACUGAAGAGAAUUGGCUAAAUUACGCUUUGCAUACGCAGAAUUUCAUGCAAGAUGAUAAUGUAAACCUCUAUUUAUGGUUCCUCAGCGUUUUAUGCCAGCAAAGUAUUCUUGCUGCACUUUUGCUUUUCGUGUACAAUAGGUGGACAAAGAUUGGACAUAUUUUCACAGUCUUCCUAAUUCUGGCAGGCGUCGUAUGUCACGUUGCUCAAUUGUUAAUCUCUAAAGAUGUCACUAUGAUUGGUUACGGGAUGGAUUCUGAGUAA